CUUCUGAGAUGUCCAUCAGUGAUUCACUCUGUCGCAGUACGCACGCGCCGCUUGGCAACUGCGAUGCGACCCAUGUGAUCUUGUUCUUCCCCCUGAUUGGUGUACUCUCGUCUCCUCUGCUAGGGCUGCUGCGCAGCCUCUAUUCCACAUACACGCCGUUUUGGCGUUCUAUCGCCAUGUUUACAGCAUGUACAGGUGAGCGCCCGCCGCUACUACUUGUCCUCCAGGUCAUCGGAUUAUUUACACAGACUGGAGCAUGCUGGUCAUCAUCUGCUAGUGAAGAAGUGGUCCUCGAAGAAGAAGAAGCCGAAAAAGUUUUGGUUGUCAUAAAGUGGCAGGGGCUCUAAUGGCAAGGUGGUUGAAGGAUUAUCUACAUUUUGGGAGUAAGAGGUCUCCACCACAGCCUCCCAAGCCAGACUAUACAGAAAGUGAAAUUCUCCGUGCCUACAGAGCUCAAAAGAACCUCGAUUUUGAGGACCCCUAUGAAGACAAGAGUAAUGAUAAAGGAUCCCAGUCCAGACUGGAGGAGCUGCAGCUUACCAUAGUGUCGCCAAGACACCGUCUUAUCAAGGUGGAACCAUCAGAAUGUAAAGGGAGACUACGUGUAGGAUCGGAGGAGAGUAUAGGAGGAAAGGUCACAGGGGUUACUGAUUAUUCUAAUCCGUUUGACAUGAAGAACAAUCAAUUUGAUCAUGAAGACUUAGAAGAUACCAGUUAUAUGGAACCCUACGAGAGUCAAAGGCCAAUAUCAGAUCAGCAUGAUGGAGGAGAGAAGGUGACGGACAAGGUAUUACAGCUCUAUGAUUCUCCAUAUAACGAUAAAUACAGGACGAUUCCCCAUGAGAGGUGCCAGCCAUCUGAAGAUGAACGACCAGCUGAUGAGUACGACCAGCCUUGGGAAUGGAAGAAAGAUGACAUCAGCAGGGCGUUUGCAGUGCAGUUUGAGAGCUCAGCGUGGCCUUGCGGUUCUCCCCACUCGAGAGCGCGGCUUCUACAGUCCACUCCCAGAAGUCCUGUUAAUCUUCGACCGUCUAGCCCUGAGAUGGCUGCUCACCUGAGAGAACAUGGGUCUCCUCCGAAAGACCUUGUAGAUUCAUCAAGGGUGCGGAAAGCAAAUUUUGUAGAGUUACAAAGACAAACGUGGUUUCACGGAGCUCUGAGCUGUAUCGAUGCUGAGAAACGCUUACACAAAAGUGACCCUGGGAGCUUCCUAGUACGUACAGAAGCUGAGAGUAUGAUCUUCCUGUCAGUUAGAGGACGCGGCAGCAUAUUGCAUGUGAAGGUAAUAGUCCUGCCUGAUGGUCGGUACAUGCUCGGUGACAGCGGCCCAUCUUUUCCGUGCAUCAUCGAUCUGGUCCAGCAUUAUAUCCAGUCUCCGCUGCUCUUCCCAGGGGAGGGACAAGUGUGUCUUCAGCAUCCAGUGCCAGCCAUGAUACAUUAAUAAAACUGUGACUCUAUGACUUUGACCAAAAACCAAUGGUGACACAAAGGCCUUAAAACCAAGUCGGAAGAAGUUUUUUGGACUAAACUCAAUUUUUUGAAAAACUUUUUUAAGCUUUGAAAAAAGAAUCAAUCCUAAAUGCAACAUAGUAUUCUAAAACUGCAUCUUUAAAACACGACAUGGAAGAAGGGCCUGUAAAGGAGACCACUUGUCCUCUGCCUGGCUCGGUGUUGCUUGGUUGGUCAUGUUGCCUUCAUUGUUGUUAGACAAAAAGUUGUCCGGACCUGCCAACUUUUGGGUCUAAAUGUGUAUGGGGACCUCCCGAUUUGUGAACGGGAAGCAUGAAUGUGUUCAUGUGCAUGAAGAUUGGGAAAGAUAGCUGUCGGACGAAGAAAUGUUUGGCCAACAACUAUUUUAGGUGUAUAGCCUCCCUUUAAAGGGGU